ACCUCUCACUCCGCCCUGUUCCUCAAUCUGCAGCCGCGGGUUCAUCAGCUGCUUAAAGAGGAAACUAUGAAGGAUUCACUGUAACUUUAUGGGUCAAUUGGAUUAAUUUCAAACGAGCAACAGCAGGUUGGAACGAUGGAGACCAGCGAGCUUCUGGCUGAAACCCUGAAGCAGCUGAGCCUGGAAGAGUUUGCAGAGUUCAGGACUUUGGCUGAAGCAGAGCCGAGCUUGGUGACCUCCAGCCACCUGAAAGCAGCAAAGGUUCAGGAUGUUGUUGAUCUGAUGGUGAAGAGCAGUGGAGGAUGUGUGGAGGCCGUCAGAACCGUUCUGAUGAAGAUGGACCGCUUGGAUCUGGUGGAACGAUUGUCAGCUACUGACUCAGGAGCAAAAGAUAAACUUUCUGUUGGUGAAGAACAUCCUUCACUGGACCAGAGGGUAGAAAAACUGAGCCGUGAUUUUUACCUGCUGUUGGAAACACUGAAGGAUCUGAGUGAUGAUGAGGUUCAGGAGUUUAAAAGAUUCCUGAGAGACUCUGUCUGCAGGAGGUUUUUGUCCAGACAUCAGUACAGGCUGCAGGAGACGAGUUAUCCAAGGAAGAUGUUUGGAUCUUUUAGACAUGAAGACCUGGAGAAGCAGCCAAUAUGGAUGGAAAGUAAAGACCUGCAGGAUGUUGUGAUUUUCAUUAUUCAGACUCAUAGAAAAGAGUCUAUAAUGGUGACCAGAGAUGUUUUAGAGAGAAUCAACAGGAUGGAUUUGGUCCAGAGGCUCAGCAGCAGCUCAGCCUCCAGAGAGAUGCCGUUGGGAAAACAAUCUGAUCUGAUCCAUAAAGUGGCGACCAUGGCAGCUGCUAAAGACGUUCUUCUGGAAACUCUGGAGGAUUUAAAUGAACCUGAAUUCAUGGAGCUAAAACUGUUACUGCAGUUCACAAACUUCCAGAGAAAUAUUCCACUAAUAUCAUGGGAUGAACUUUAUUAUGCAGACAGAACCAGAAUGGUGGAACAUCUGGUUGAUAAAUGUGGUAAACAAUCAGUGGAUGUAAUCAGGGAGGUUCUGUUGGACCUGAACAGAACUGAUCUGGCGCUGAGGCUGCCUGAGACCAGCUCAACAUCUAAAGAGAAACUUUCCUUGAAGCUGAACUCUGCUUAUGUCCAGAAAGUGGAAAAGUUGGAGUUUGUGACGGAGCUGCUGCUGGAAACUCUGGGUCAGCUUCGUUGGCGAGAGAUCUGCAGGUUCCUGGAAAUCACAAACAUGGAAUUUCACCAUGACAGUAGAUUCAUGCCGUUUUGGGCUUUCCCAAAUGUGCGAUACAUUGUGGUGGGUUUUGUUCUGACUUAUUUCCACCAGUCAGUGAAGAAGACCCUGGAUGCUUUAAAGGAGAUGAAGAAGGAUGGUCUGAUAAAGAAGCUGUCAGACAGAAGCUCAGGACCUAAAGAGAAACCUUCUGCAGGUCGACAUCGUUCUGCUCUGAUCCACAAAGUGGCGACGAUGGCAGCUGCUAGACAGCAACUCCUGGAAACUCUGGACAAAUUAACCCAGGAGGAAUUUUUGGGAAAGUUUAGAGGAAGUUUAUCAAAGUUUUCACCAAGAUUGAUGUUCAUAACACAGAGAGCAGAACUUGUUGAUAAGAUGAUGGUGGAGUUUGGCCAGCAGUCGGUGAAGAUGAUCAAAGAUCUUCUGAUUAAAAUAAACAGAAAAGAUUUGGCUGAGAAUCUUCAAGAAACUGGUGAAUCCUCAGGGAACGAAGACGAUUUUCAGGAACCAUCAGAAUCAGAUGUUCAUCAGAAUCUUUCUGAGAUUCUUCAAAAGUUGAGCAGGAAGCCUUUGCUGAGAUUCAAGUCAUUUCUUCGGUUCACCUGCUUUGAGAAAAGUCUUCCACAGAUACCAGAGUCCAGUCUAGAAGAGGCGACCUCGACACAGAGACUGGUGGAUCUGAUGGUGAAGGAGUUUGGUCAGCAGUCAGUCCAGAUGGCCAGAGAGGUUUUAAUGGACGUGAUUGAUCUGGAGAGCAGGUUUAAAUCACAAGAUGAACUUUCUGUUGCUGAAGAACAUCCUUCACUGGACCAGAGGAUAGAAAAACUGAGCCGUGAUUUUAACCUGCUGUUGGAAACACUGAAGGAUCUGAGUGAUGAUGAGGUUCAGGAGUUUAAAAGAUUCCUGAGAGACUCUGUCUACAGGAGGUUUUUGUCCAGACAUCAGUACAGGCUGCAGGAGACGAGUUAUCCAAGGAAGAUGUUUGGAUCUUUUAGACAUGAAGACCUGGAGAAGCAGCCAAUAUGGAUGGAAAGUAAAGACCUGCAGGAUGUUGUGAUUUUCAUUAUUCAGACUCAUAGAAAAGAGUCUAUAAUGGUGACCAGAGAUGUUUUAGAGAGAAUCAACAGGAUGGAUUUGGUCCAGAGGCUCAGCAGCAGCUCAGCCUCCAGAGAGAUGCCGUUGGGAAAACAAUCUGAUCUGAUCCAUAAAGUGGCGACCAUGGCAGCUGCUAGAGACGUUCUUCUGGAAACUCUGGAGGAUUUAAAUGAACCUGAAUUCAUGGAGCUAAAACUGUUAGUGCAGUUCACAAACUUCCAGAGAAAUAUUCCACUAAUAUCAUGGCAUGAGCUGGAUGAUACAGACAGAACCAGAAUGGUGGAACAUCUGGUUAAUAAAUGUGGUAAACAAUCAGUGGAUGUAAUCAGGGAGGUUCUGUUGGACCUGAACAGAACUGAUCUGGCGCUGAGGCUGCCUGAGACCAGCUCAACAUCUAAAGAGAAACUUUCCUUGAAGCUGAACUCUGCUUAUGUCCAGAAAGUGGAAAAGUUGGAGUUUGUGACGGAGCUGCUGCUGGAAACUCUGGGUCAGCUUCGUUGGCGAGAGAUCAGGAGGUUCCUGGAAAUCACAAACAGGAAAUUUCACCAUGACAGUAGAUUCAUGCCGUUUUGGGCUUUCCCAAAUGUGCGAUACAUUGUGGUGGGUUUUGUUCUGACUUAUUUCCACCAGUCAGUGAAGAAGACCCUGGAUGCUUUAAAGGAGAUGAAGAAGGAUGGUCUGAUAAAGAAGCUGUCAGACAGAAGCUCAGGACCUAAAGAGAAACCUUCUGCAGGUCGACAUCGUUCUGCUCUGAUCCACAAAGUGGCGACGAUGGCAGCUGCUAGACAGCAACUCCUGGAAACUCUGGACAAAUUAACCCAGGAGGAAUUUUUGGGAAAGUUUAAAGGAAGUUUAUCAAAGUUUUUAAGAAGAUUUGACUUCAUAACACAGAGAGCAGAACUUGUUGAUGUGAUGAUGAUGGAGUUUGGCCAGCAGUCGGUGAAGAUGAUCAAAGAUCUUCUGAUUAAAAUAAACAGAAAAGAUUUGGCUGAGAAUCUUCAAGAAACUGGGGAAUUAUUGGUGGAUGGAGGAGAUUUAUUUCUGAAACCAAAAACAACCACAGCAGAUGUUCAUCAGGAUCUUUUUGAGAUUCUUCAUAAGUUGAACUGGAGGAAGUUAGUGAAAUUUCAGUCACUUCUUCAGUUCACAUGCUUUGAUUGGGGCCUAAAGCAAAUUCCAGAUUUCCAGCUAGACCAGGAGGACAACACAUGGACUCUGGUGGUUCUGAUGGUGAAGGAGUUUGGUCAGCGGUCAGUUGAGAUAGCCAGACAGGUUUUAACAGACAUGACUGAUCUGGACCAGAACCCGCUGGAGGUCACAUCCAAAGGGAUUCCAAUGGAAAUUCGACUUAAACAAGCAGAACCAGUCAAUUCCCAAAAGGACUCCAGCAGCUGGACUAAAGUUGAACCUGAGAUGAAAACUGCAGACCCAGACGAGGCUCCAGCUUACAGCCUCCAGAGUGAAGCUGGACACUUUGAGUGCAGCGUCUCCGGUCUGCGCUGGUUCUGUUCAGAACGGGUCGUCUUUAGGUACCGGUUCUGCUCCUGGGACGAACUCAUGGACAGGAUGGAGAGCAGAGGAUACCGGCCUGCUGGUCCUAUACUGGACAUCGGUCUGAUUACUGGGAGGAUGGCGGAGGUGUUCCUGCCUCACUGGAUCUGUGUCGAUGACGUCCCUGAACCUUUGGAGCAGUUUGCCGUCCUCCACAUGGACGACUGUGGAGACGCUGUGGAGAAAGUCUCUGAGGUCUCACCGUCACACGUCAAACUAACUGAACCCGUUUUCUCUCCGAGGGCGGUUCUGAUGAGAGUCGGCUUUCCUGUGAAAGUCUACUGCAACAUGUUGCUCUAUCGGACCAACACGGCUUUCCUCACGCUGCAUGUUUACCUCAUCCCACGCGACCCGGCCUUACAGCAGGUUUAUGCACCUAGAACAUCAAAUUCAGACACAAGGAAAAGACAAGAGAGUUGGAUUCUUUCUACUCGUGAGGAGAACGGACAGAGACGUACUCCAGUUACAAUCUCUUCCCGCUCUGAAAAUACGUCCUGCCGAGGCCCCUCAUUUUAUCGAAACAGGGAAUGCCCUACCCACAAUGCACGUUGCUUCUCUAAGGAAAAUAGAUCAUGCAGCUGCAACGUGAUUCAGAGUUACACAGCAUAUCUUCUGGAACACAUGUCCAUGUACGAUUAAACAAAAACAAGUUAUACAGCUUCACAAUCUUUCAUGUCAAGGGCUCAGGAACUUCUUGCCAAACGAUUAUCUGCUGAAUCCGGCUGCAACCGCUCCUUUACUCAAAACAUUCAUGUUGACCGCUGUCUUCAGUGAGGCCUCCUUAAAUAUAAUGAUCAGUAUUUUUAUAGGUUAUUAUUUUAAUUCUAUCAUCUUUUAUGGUAGUUUGGUGCUCUUUGGAGCCCUCUUGUAGCAUGGGCGCCCUAGGCAACCGCUUAGCUUGCUUAUGUCUUGGGCCGGUCCUGCUUCUCUCUGCCUUAACUUAAUGAGUGUAGCUGACCCUCAGGUCCUGACUCUAGCACAAACAAACGUUAGACCCUCAGUUUUCCCAGGCCGUCAGUCCUUAAACGGGACACAAGACGAGCCCAGAGUCACCAGUUUAGCUGAGAUCUGAAAAUCUUUUCUUAUUUGGGUCCGUUUACACGGCAGGACCAGCCUGGACCUGGAUCAGAACACAUCCAAUGCUUUUUGCAUGUUUGUUGGCCAGAACUAAACAUUUCAGUGUCUUUCUGCUGAACUGAGUGAAACAGUGUUAGGCACUCCCCCUGCUGGUCCUAUUUGGUUCUUGCAUCUUCAGAAUUAAAUUAGACUAUCAUAUUUUUACGCCCAAAUUACUGACAAAUAGUUUGUAAAUUUAAAUAAUAUUGUUGAAGUCUGUAAUUCAUACAACGUGCUGAUAUGUCCGGAGUCAUAGUAAAUAUUUUACUGGCUUUUAAUGAACUUAUUCCAAACCAUCUGACUCACUUAGAAGAAUCACAACCUCUAGCUGUUUGAGAAACAUUUCCAGUCCUGGAGAGCAGAAUGAUGCUGCUGAAAUUAAGAUUAUUCUGUUUUAAUCUGUAACUGGUAAUCUGCUUGUCUGCUAAGAUAAUCUAAGUUUUUAUUAUGAUUUUUAUGAUAAAUAAAUAAUAAACUUGAGUUGUUGAUUGUGUUUGCUUGAAGGAAAUGG